GAAACCUGAUGUCUCUAUGUGAAACGAACAUGCGCUGUACUUUGUUGUGGUGAUGUAGAGCAAAGUGUGUGCCCAUAUGACAUGUUAAUUUAUUUUAAUUUUUAACCCUGAUAUUGGGAAUGUUUUGUUCAGAAAUUGGGAAUUUACAGUGCCAUUUUCUUAUGGGAAGGGGCCCAUUCGAAUCCUCAGAAUGCCUGCAUAAAUUCCUGAAUUAACAACCCCACUUAAAAAACUCCCACACCACUGACGUGAUUGUUUGUUGUAUAAAAGUUCAAAAUCCUGUAUCACACAUAUUUAAUUUUUUUCAGAUAAAGUGAAACUACACCUGCAGAGAUGACAUCGUUAUACCGAUGUGCAGGUGAUGUUGUCUUUGACAAAACAUCACCUGCACCAGGACAGAUCUGCAGUGUUCAGCUCAGAGAAUAUUCCGAAACUUGUAACUUCCUUCAGUAUUUGUCACCACUCUCUCCAGAUAGGCCUUAUUUCUUUGUACAAGUCUCAAAUUUAGCGGAACAUAGCAGAAUCACGAUUGGCAUCGCUGGUCCAGAUAUAUCAGAAGAUGCAUCACCUGGCAGCUGGAAUAACUCUGUGGGUUGUCAUAGUGACACUGGGAGAUGUUUCACAUCACAUAAUGAUGUUGCCAACACAGAUGGGGAAGGUUUUGGAAUAGGUGAUGUGUUUGGAGUAUUGGUCACAUAUUUCGGAAGGAAUAUGUCCACUGUCAUCUUUUUGAAAAACAAUGUUCCGGUGGCUACCAGGUUUAUUUUAUUGUUCAUAUAUGAUUAUCAAGUAUUAUUGGAAGACUUUCUGUUGGUGAAACAGUAUCUGCCCCGGCCAGAUGGUAACGGAUGCCACGAUUUAGAUGUAAUCGGGCUUGUGCUUUUCCUCCGAGCAUCCUCGUAUGCCAGUGUCUACAUGAGUGCUUCAACUUGGGAUAUGCGAUAG